AUGGCAGAGGCUGUUGUUUAUGUCGUGCUUCAGAAAAUUGCUGCUAGUUUGGGGCGGGAUGCUCUAAAAGCAAUAGGCUCACGGUUAGGAAAAGAAGCAUCGGAUUUACUUGAAGCUGAGAACAACAUGAAGCAGCUUGAGAUUGAAUUUAGAGUUAUGAAAGCUUUUCUAAUCCAAGUAACAAUGUGCUCAUCACGUAAUCUGGCUUUUGAUGCGUGGCUUGAUGAGGUAAAGAGGGUUUCACAUGACGCCGAGGAUGUAAUUGACGGGUAUGAAUACCUGCUUGGACAAUCAACUACACAAACACAAGGUUGUAGUUCACUGAAGAAACUAUGGCGGCGUUCCAAACAUGCUGGUGGUUGGCGAAGCAUUACUGAACAGCUUAAGCAGAUUGAGGUCCGCCUUUCGAAGCUCACAAGCAUGAGAGAUCGUUAUGGCAUCACAAUCAGUGCAGAAGGAGAAGUUAGCCACACAAGCCAGAACGGUCAGCUGGAACAUGCUCUGGACUCAACAUGUAUAAACAUCGAGGAUGAGGUGGUCGGGAUUGAAAAAGAAACAUCAUGGCUUCUACAACAGUUGAUACAUGGGCAAGAAGAACGAACAAUCGUCUCUGUCUGUGGUAUGGGUGGUUUAGGCAAAACGACUCUUGUCCGUCAGGUCUAUAAAAAGGAUGAAAUUAAGCAGAAUUUUGACUGUUCUGCAUGGAUAUCAGUUUCUCAAAGUUACAACAUUGAACAUCUGUUGAGGGAACUAUUAAAGCAGCUCCAGGAGAAGGAAAAGGACAUCCCUCAUCAGGUUGACACUAGGGAUGCUGCAAGCUUGGUACAAACACUAACGGACUUCUUGCAGGACAAAAGGUAUUUGAUAGUCUUGGACGACAUGUGGAGUCGAGAUGCCUGGGUAUUAUUGAAUCAUGCACUGGGUAUAAGCAAAAACGGAAGCAGGAUCAUCAUAACUACACGAAAUGAAGAUGUUGCUUCAUUGGCUGAUGAUGAGCACGGCAUUCAGCUUAAAACUCUUGGAAAGGAAGAAGCAUGGGACCUCUUCUGUAGAAAAGCCUUUCCAAGAUUAGAAGGGAAAACAUGUCCCCAGAGUCUAAUUUAUUUGGCAGAAAAGAUUGUGGACAAGUGUGAAGGGUUGCCACUAGCUAUUGUUGCCAUUGGAAGUUUGUUGAUGCGCAAGAGGCUAUCUGAAAAUGAAUGGAAAUGCUUCUAUCAUCAGCUGGAUUGGCAGAUAGUUAACAACCCAGAGCUCAGCUCCGUGAGGAAUGCCCUCGACCUUAGCAUCAACCAUUUACCAGGAUAUCUGAAGAACUGCUUUCUAUACUGUGGUAUAUUUCCUGAAGACUACGAGAUUCGAAGAGAUGAGCUUAUUCGGUUAUGGAUAGCUGAAGGAUUCAUAGAAGAAAGAGGGCCAAGCAUAACUAUGGAGGAAGUAGGGAAUGAGUAUCUCAAUGAAAUUGCUCAACGUUCGCUUCUUCAAGUGGUUCAGAGGGAUGCUCAUGGCAUGGCCCAGACAUUGCAAAUGCAUGACCUUGUAAGAGAUAUAGUUGUAAGCAAGUGCGCAAGUGGGAAAUUUUCUCUUCUUCUGGAUAACUCUCGUGAUGCAAUGCACAGCAGAGAAGCACGACGUGUUUCAGUACUGAAAGCUGACAGCAUUGAAGAUACUCUUGAUGGUGGGGAAAAGAUACGGUCCUUCAUUUUGUUUGAUCAAUACGUAUCAUCCUCCUGGGUAGAAACUGCUACUCAAAAUUUCAGAUUGCUACGAGUCUUGUCCUUACAAUUCGCAGAGAUAACGAAGCUCCCUGAUGUUGUGACCACUCUGUUCAAUUUGCGCUACCUUGAUUUAUCUUACACCAAUCUUGAAGUGGUUCCCAAAGCAUUGUGUAAGUUGAGGAAGCUGCAGAUGCUAGAUCUUAUGGUAACUCGUGUAGUGGAACUGCCACCUGAAAUAAAGAAGCUGACUGAGCUCCGAUUUCUGCGAACAUAUGUCAUCCAUGAUUAUGAUGGAAGAAUAUUUGAUUCCUAUGAAGGUGCAAAAGUAUAUCCCGGAAUUUGUCUUCUAAAGGAUAUGCAAGAACUGGGUCCUGUGGAAGCAAACAAAGAUAUAGUCAUGAAUCUUUGCAACUUGGCAUUACUCCGAAGACUUGAAAUAAUGAAAGUGAAGCGUAGGCACAUUAAGGAAUUAUGGGCGUCCAUCGCAAGAUUGGCGCACCUUUCUCAUCUUUUUAUAAUGGCAUAUGCCAAGGAAGAAGUUCUUGAUCUGGAAAACCUAGAUCCUUUGCCAAAUCUUGAAAGCUUUUACCUGAGAGGCGAGUUGCAAAGAGGUGUUAUCCCAACAAUAUUCGGCAGUUUUGGCAAACUUCGAGAUCUACGCAUGGGGUGGUCCAGGUUGCAAGCAGAUCCAAUUCCUUCAUUUGCACAUAUGUCACAUCUAGUUGAACUUCACCUUUACAGCAUCUAUGAGGGGUGGAUCAUGACUUUCAGGGCAGGUUGGUUUCCAAAGCUCGAGAAAUUGCACUUAGCUGACAUGGAGCAGCUGAGUUGCAUGGAGGUUGAGUCUGGGACCAUGCCAAUCCUGAAUUAUAUGGAGCUCAUUGGUUUGAGAAGUAUGCUAAUUGUUCCAGCAGGAUUCCAAAAUUUGACCUCACUUCAAAAGCUGGCCCUGAUGGACAUGCCAGUAGAAUUUAUCAGUGUGGUACGAGGACUAGCCUGCACCAAGCAUAUCCCCCUGAUAGUUCAGGGCCGUCACUAA